GGCUCUGUUUAGGAGAACGGAGCCCUCUGAUUGGCUGAAAGUAAAACGGGAGGGACACAUUUCUCAAGCUGAUGCUCCGGAGAAACUUUUGUGUCUGAAAGUGUAGCAGACAGCCUUACUUUCCAGCACAGACACAGUCCAGCUGAAUCAGAGACCUGAAACACCGUCAUCAUGUCCAGCAAGCGAGCGAAGGGAAAGACCACUAAGAAGAGGCCACAGAGAGCCACUUCAAACGUGUUUGCCAUGUUUGACCAGUCACAGAUCCAGGAGUUCAAGGAAGCCUUCAACAUGAUCGACCAGAACCGAGACGGAUUCAUCGAUAAAGAGGAUCUCCAUGACAUGCUGGCCUCUUUGGGGAAGAACCCGUCUGAUGAUUAUCUGGAGGGCAUGAUGAGUGAAGCUCCAGGGCCCAUCAACUUCACCAUGUUCCUCACUAUGUUUGGAGAACGGCUCAACGGAACCGACCCGGAGGACGUCAUCAGGAACGCUUUCGCCUGCUUCGACGAGGAAGGGUCCGGUUUCAUUCAUGAAGACCAACUGCGAGAACUGCUGACCACCAUGGGAGAUCGUUUCACAGAUGAAGAGGUGGACGAGCUCUUCAGAGAGGCACCCAUUGACAAAAAGGGCAACUUUAACUAUGGCGAAUUCACCCGGAUUCUCAAACACGGGGCCAAAGAUAAAGACGACAUGUAGACGAUCAGAGAGCGUCAGCUGCAUGCAUGUGCACAGACACAUUACAAACACAUCAGCACUUAGAAGUCAAGAAAAACACAUUUCGUGACAAAACAUUCCAAGUAUUUUAUUUUCCUCUAAAAGCAUUCGAUACAACCAGGUUGCAUUGCUAACAAUCUGUGCAGUGUGUUUUGUGUUUUUAUGGGGGACUACAGUAUAAAGCACUGUACUCUGCAGCUGGCCGUCUCUUGAGGUCGGAAUCUAUGCAGUUCAGAAAUGAAACUAUUACAUUGGAGAUGCCAUAAACCUGUAGAAAAGCAUAUUUUUACGUCUAUUUAAAAUGAUUAUCAGUAUCUCCCCCUCACUGAGCAAUAUUAUCAGAUAUCAUAUGGGUAUUUAGAAGUCAUUAUAAAAGUCAUUAAUGGAAGUACAGAAUUCCUUAAGAUUCCUUAAGGUCACCUUCAUUUUUCAAACUGAUAUUCUCCUGUUAACUCUGAUAUGCAGACUUUGGGAUAUGUUGAUUUUUUUUGAUGGUACUGCUACUUAAACCCUGAGAAUAUCUUGUUUAUAAUAUGUGGCAGCUCUCAGACAUGAAGUCAACCAUCAUAUGAACAUGAAGCAUUUUAUAAUUAAAUCUACUCAAACUACAGAGAA